AUGUCGCAACCCACCAACGUCUCCGAUGACCUCCUCUGGCAAGUUGUCAGAAGCAACAAUGCCUAUCUGAUCAAGCGAAAGACCGGAGGCGGUGCCUAUUUCUCCAGGGACCCCUUCAACCUCCUUAACAAGCACUCUCGAACACAUGCCGGUUUUGUGAACAGCAAGGCUGUCUCUGUUCAGCCAUCAGGCGAGAAGGGUGUCUCUUUCUCGACCAAGAAGGAGGGAAAGUCUAAUACUCCAGCUAAGAGCCUGAAUACACACAAAUUCAAGUCCGGCCGAUCAAACCAGAAGGUCUACAAGGCUAUCUCCGACAAUGUUGGACAGAAAUCAUACCGAAGCGACUUGAACCUGUAUGCUAUCCAGAGAGCCAGUGCUGUUCUCGAUUCGCAGAGAGCGAAGGCAGAUGCUCCAGAGAAGAAGACAAGAGGUGCAAAGGCACGAAAGACACAAGCAUGA